CGACAGAUAUCAAUCAACAGGUGUACUGCCCAUGCGCCUACAGGGUCCAGAUGUCUGUUUAAGCUAUGAUACGCGGGAAUUGACGGUGUAUGACAAGAAGAGAGAAGUUUAAGUGCAUGUCUGUCUGAUCUUGACGAACUAUAGAAGUCCGGGUACUUUUCCUCCGAUUCCAGUCUCCAUUCUUUGAGUUGUUGUUUUUUCUCUUCAAUCAAUAGAGCCGACACAUGCAGCUAACGUUGUGUAAUCACCAAUCUCCGCUGUGUAUUGAUUCCAGAGAAUACACCAUUCAGGGGAGUAAACCCUCCCCAUUCAAACACCCUGUCCCGACAAAUCGUUUUGUUUUGAUAUCAUUCAUCCUGUUAAGUUCAGUUAAAACCCUCUCGCUGAUGGUCUCGUGGCGCAAACACGGCACACAAACUCGCCGAUUAGCGCGAGGGACUUGCACCGAUGUUCACGCCGACUGUCAACACAUGGUGACGCCGGAAUCGUCAAGAUAUCUGGCAGACAUAUUGGUUUACAAACCGGCGCCAUGACCCGCCUUGUUCCGCCUCGUUAACGACCUUGAGAUAAAAGAACAAAGGAAAAUAAUAUGCAUUGUCUUUGUUAACCGUUGUAUAUGCACCUAGAUUGUGUAGCACUGAGCGACGAUUUGAGGAGUACUGUGCAGAAGCCUCAUGUUGAUUUCUUCUGAUCUAAAGCGUGAUGUCAGGAACCAUGACGACACCGGCGGAGAAAGUGAACGAACCGGAAACACAAAAGAGUUCCGAUGAAGAGUGACGGUUUCGCGGCCGUGUGUUGAUAUGAAUAUCGAUAGUGACAUCGGAAGUCAUGGAGAACCUAUGCUGAGCGGAUGAUUAAUAUAUAAUGAGUUUAAAUCAUGUGAGAGUAAUUCACUGUGUUUUGUUCACACUUAGGUUCAGUUGGACUAAGUUUUCUUCUAGGAAUUUGAACCUUCACGCCGCUGGUCCAGAAACCACGACCUCAUACGUCACUUCCGCUUCAUCACCAGUCGUUUGCAGCGACCCCUAGGAUCCGUUCGGCGGUGAUGACGAUGCCGAGAUCUCACGUGAGUAUCGCGAGAUUCUACGAUUGGUCGGAGGACCUAGGCGAGUGUGUAUCCGUGUCCAAGUUCUACAGAGACCUCGCGGUGGCGUCACAACGACACGACAAGGUCAAGGCCAGAAAUAAAGGCGGCGCGAACCUUAACCCGGGGCGCAUGUUUCUACGUGACAAAGCGGGACUCACCAAAGGGGAGAGGGAGAUCAUUGAGGGGAUUUAUCGAAACCGCGGAGAUGUUCCGAAAGAAGCUGACAGCGUGAAGUCAUACAGUUUCAAGGACGAGUGGGAUUUUGUUCGAAGUCACAAAGACGCUUGGAUGAUAGGAAAACAGUUACAGAAGCAAGGAAUAAAAUUUGAUCCAAGCUUGCACCUGAAAGUUCCGGAGUACUUGUUCUGUCGGUUACAUGAAAACAAAUCCAACUCGCCGCGUGAGUACUGUAAAUUCUGUGAAACUAAUCAUUUACACGACUCGGAUUUUGAUAACGUGGAAGAAUGUGUUCACCGGAAGUCUAAAUAUCCGUCUGCGCCACCUACCACCCCAGACGCAGACGGGCGGGAAUUUGAGUUUCCUGAAAAUGUUCAAAUAAAAAAGAAACUGAUCACCCGGGCUAAGUUGGAGCAGGAGAAACAUGGAAUCGAACAGAGGAGUCGUGUUGUGAAAAGCGUGGACGAAACGCUGAUCAACGGUAGGUCACGUGACAGAGCCGACAAAAAGAAAGUCUUUGUGAAUGUGUUUUUACCCAAAAUUCCAUCAGAGGCGACAAAAGACUGUUCUUUGAUUGUGGACAGCCGAACCAAUAGUUUUGUGACGAACUACAGCAGAAGUGGGGCAACGCCCAGAACAUCUAAAACCAAACAGGAUUCUGUGAACCCGGUGAAUGCAACUACCCCGCCAUUAAAGACGCACCACGUGACUCAGAGUCACGCCGAGGGCGAGUGAAACGUCAUCAGAUUGUUUGUGUUUUAAUUUAUUGGAUACAUUUGUAUUUAUUGUGUUAUUUAUUACACACACUGUUGUGUUUCAUCACUUGCCACCGUGUUUAAUUAAUGUAACGUUCUGUACGUCUUGUGUGAAUGUUCCUACAUAUCGUCUAGAUGAUGAUGAUGAUGAUGAUGAUGAUGAUGUGAAAGUGAUUAUUAAAAAUCAAAGAUAUCUGAAUUUUAUUUCAUUGAAACCGGUUGAUAUGAACUUAUCAUUCAAUAAUGGGAUUAGCGUCGAUUGUUCUACAAUUUUUUUAAAAAGAUCAUUAGGUUUGUUUCAUACUAGUCUUAGGAAAUGUUCUGAAAAUCGAUAUCUAAAUAAAAUUGAUUAAAAAGGAGUUUGACCAUGUUUUAAAUGAAA